AAGUGACAUCUUGCUUACUACUUUGCAUGUGAUCACUGAUUGGCCAAUCAGUGAUCACAUAAACAGUAGUAAACAAGAUGUCACUUCUGACAUCAUUGCUUACUACUAGUGAAAUCUGUGAAUGAUUACAGAGAUCACAUGGUACAAGGCUAUUCUCCAUUGUACCAUGUGACAAGCUGUCACCAAUCACAGCUCUCACAGUAUUUCUCAGCAGCUGAAAGAAUACAGCCAGAGGAGAAAUGAUUGCUU